CCGACCUCGUCGAUUCAUGACUUCAGUUUCAGAAAUUUUCUUGGUGACGACUGUGCGUGUUAAGGUUAAUUAUGUGAAUGGAAGUGAUUUAUUUAUUAUGAGACCAUGGAGUUUUCCAGCAUUUCGUACUUUCUGUGACUGGUUUUUGCUUUCCACUUUGCAAUGUAUUUCGUCUCAUUGUGAAGCCGUUUUUAUGGGCAUAGUCCACUUAAGUACUUACUAGCCUUUCAUUUUACUCAUCCUGCAAGCUAAGGCCUAGGCCUCCUGUCAGUUUACACUGGUCUUGAGCGGGUCAUGUCAACCGAACGUCUGCCCAAAAAGGUUGAAAGCUCAAUUCGUGCGAGUGCGUUGAAAGUGGUGAAUGUGGAGUGCUAUCUCUCGCGUCUUCAUCAAGAAGAAAUCCUUUGAUGAAAGUGGAAUAGUCUUUGCCAAUGCAAUGGAGCAGGAUACGUACGACACGAGACAGGCGAAGCAGCGUGCCUCGGUCAAGUGGCUUCUGUCAAAGGCGUACAACAACAGAGUCCCGGAGAACUUCCGGGAACCCUUUUACAGAGACCAUGAGGACCAGGAGCAUCUCAAACCACAAAUUGUCCAUGCGCUGGCGAGUGCUGAACUGUAUUGCCUUGCUCUCUCAAGUAUUUAUGGAGAUCCGAAUUUUCACAAUCUCAACCAUUCGGGCAUCAUACAAGUCCUCCUGCGCAAGGGCAUUACCAUUCCAGAACCAGCUGAUUGUCAGAUGACAGAGACAGUCCUCAUUCAAACUAAUCCAAUGAAACUUAGCGCCCAUGUGUCAAUGAUGGAGGCAAUGAUGAUCUUGUACGCUAAGGAAGUUGCCACCUCUGACCGGGUGCAGGCCGCCAUCCAGAGGUUUAGUCACCACGCUCGGGUCAGUCCGGACUCAGCCCCAGCGGAGCCAGAGUACGCCCUGCUGAGCUGGGUCCGAGAAGCGGUGGCAGCUUUGAGACAGAAAAUCAAACAGGAAUCGGAGCAGCAAGGAGGCGGGGAUAAUCAACCAAAAACUCCGCAAUUCCCAGAAAUAAAGGAAUUAAAGGACCUCAGUGACGGUGUUGGUCUUGCUGCACUCGUCUCGUUUUACUGUCCAGAAGAAGUGCCAUGGAAGGAUGUUGUUGUCAGCUAUUUACCAACUGUGUCAGAUUCUGUUAAAAAUCUCAUGCUGGUUCACGACUUUUGCCUGCGGUGUUUACCUCACUCUGUUUUCCAUUUAAUGCCUGAAGAUAUUUCUUAUCUUCGCAGCUCAAUGCAACAAAAUUUAAUAGUCUUUCUAGCUGAUCUUUUUAAUGUUUUGGAAAUUCAUCCUGUAAAAUGUGUUCGGUUUCCUGGUUCUGAGCGAACGCAACAGAGUCUUAAAGAAGCUUACCCACGCAAUAGUCAAGGCGUGGCACACAAGCGCUGCCUCCCUCAAUCAGUGAGCGUCAUACCGGACUUGCGCAGCAAUUUGUCUGACAUCUCCAGUCCUGGCUUCUCAGGCUCAGGAGGCUCAGGCUCGAAAUCCACAAUUCACACUGGCACGUCAUCUCUGAAGAGGUCGCAGAACAGGGGCUCUGGAGAUGCUCUGGACGACAGGAGUGACGAGGCCUUCCCGGUGCACCGCGGCCGCGGCAUCCCCACGCUCAGCUCGGUGUCCACGGGCGGCGCGGGCGGCGACGAGCCCACCGCCCCCGCCAGGACGCGGCAGCGGGACCGGGACCGCAGCUCGGAGAGCGAGGCCGACAGGGACGCUGGCGGAGGGCUGAGCCUUCCCGCCGGCCGGCCCAGCAACUGGGAGGACCAGCGGAGGAGCUCCUACGCCGGCAGGCGGAGCAGGAGGAACUCGGUAGCGGAAGAGUCACAGCUCACGCUAGAAAACUUCGGAGGCUCACAUGAAAACUUGCACCUCUUGGGGCGUAAUCCUGAUAAGGAACCUGCUGUCCAUAUCGGCCGCAGUUUGAGCAGUAAUGGUACGCUCAAUGGUCCCUCUCGACCAGGCAGUGAGAAGAGUGACCCCGAGAAACCCUAUAAGCAGGGUGAUAGUGUAGAUGGUGAUAUAACGGAAUUGCGUCUACAGUCUACAAAUUUUGCGGAACUUUCUAGACAUAAUAAUAAAUCUAGGGCAGAAGAGUCAACAUUAGGCAUACAUAUAGGCUACACUACAGAGGAAUCUUCUGGUCGCUCAAAUGGUCACAGUGCACCACCAGAAAAGAAGACAACUACCUUCGCCGCACUUCCCCAAACGAACAUUACAACUACAUGGAAACAGCAAAGCUCAAAUCACACCUCAUCCGAACCAAGUCCUAAUUCAGAACACAUGGUGGAGGAUGCUGGUGCCAAUACCGGUGGGAGUGGUGGCAGUCCAGCUAUGGCAUCUCAACUAUUGAAUGUCCGUUUAAAAUUAGAAGAAAAAAGACGCCAUAUCGAAAGUGAAAAGAGAAAGAUGGAACUCAUGUUGAACAAGCAAAGACAACGAGUGGGCAAAGCUGCCUUCCUUCAAGCUGUUACUAAGGACAAAAAGCAACUUGCAAAGAGUCCCGGAUCAGAUUCCAGUAAGGACAGCUCAGAUAGCUCAAGCAAAGCUUCCAAACAGGAUGGAGAUGAUGUUCUUAGUCAAGGUGCAGACAUGGACAACAUGGAUGUUGAGCAUUACCAAGAGUCUAUUGCACAAAUGAACACAAGCCUUCAUGAAAUUCAAGCGGAUCUGCAGCGCCUUGCCACUCAACAAAAUCAAAUUCAGCAGCAGGGUUCUCAAACAGGAAAUAUGAGCCAGCAUGGGCAGCCAUAUGGACAUUCACAGUCUCAACAGCCCCAUUCUCAGUACCAUCAGGAGCAAUCGCCAUAUCAGAAUCUUCCUCCAAUUCAGCUAAGAACUCAUCCAACAUAUCAACAGCCACCCAUGCAGCAGCAUAUGCAGUCCCAGCCCAUGCAACAGCACAUGCAACAGUCUCAGCCCAUGCACUCUUUGAUCAACCAACACCAGAUGGUACAUGGUUACUCCAACUCACCACCCCUACAGCAGAACGCAUUCUCUCAGCACCAAAUGAACCAAGCACCCCAAAACCAAAUGCAUAGUAUGGUGAAUGCAUCUAAUAUGCAAAGUGGGUAUGGGUCCCCUCUUCACCAGCAGCAGCACCAACAGUUGCAAAGCCUUGUUCAGCAAGGAGGCAAUCAAUUUUAUCUUCAUGAUCCUCACCAGCAACCGCAGUUUUCUCAACAACAGUAUCAACAAAAUCAACCACCACAACACCAUAUUCCACAACAGCAACAUCAGACGCAGCCACAGCAGCAGAUGCAGAUUGCCCCUCAGUCUCAGCAAGGGCAACGGCGAACUUGGGGCCAAACAACUGCUCAGCCUCAUCCUCAGGACUUGCGCACUUGGGGUGACAUGAGCGGAAAACCCCAUUCUGGUUUUUCUCUUCACCAACCCAUUAGCAGUGAUGUGAGAUACCAUAAUGGUGACCACCCAUCCCAUCACCCCAAUCCCUCAGUCGGACUGAGCAGCCUGAAUGCGUACGGAACCCACCAUAAUCAGCAGCCUCAGACCAUAACUCACACCUCAGCCUCAGCCUCAGGCUUUGAUCUGCAUGGAGAUGUUGCCCCCACCCCACCACCGAGACGUGCACCCAGUUCAGUCAAUGCUUCACCUCAACAUCGAACUACUCCAACCGUUCACAGAACUCCUGAGGUGAAACCACGGCAACAUACAGCUACAUCAGAUGAUAGGAACAUGCAAAGGAAUUCAUCAACUGUUCAUACAGCGUUGCCUACACCUCCUGUAGAUGAUAUGGAGCCCCAAAGCAUAUCCUUCAUUGGUGAGCCACAUCCUCAAGAUAUGCCUAGCGGUGAUGACCUCACAUCUGGCAUCAGUAAGCUCCAGAUAACAUCAGGGAGCAGAACAUACCGCAUUCCUUCUCCUACUAGACCAAACAGUGCAAGGCAUCCCCUACCUCAACACAAUGACAACAACAAAAAAGGCUUUUACAUGUUUGGCAACCAGAAGGGUGAUGCGGGUGUUGAUGAGAAUGUCCCUGAGGUUCAUAAUGAACCCGAAGAGCAAGCAGUACCAGAAAAAGGAUUUUAUAUAUCAUUUGAUGAAGACACCACUCCUAAAAGACCAAAGCCACCUCUUCGUGUGAAAAAGGCUUCUCCCAAAAAGGAGAGAGCUGUCACCCAAGUGCUGGAUAGCAGUUCAUUGUUUGGAGAACGAGUGGAUAGGGAACAAAACGAUUUCCAUUCUCGUUUGCAAGAUCAAAGAGAAAAUGCCUCACCUGCUAGGAAUGUGAACAGAGUGGACAGAGCUGAUUAUUAUAAUGAAGCACCCUCAAGGUAUCCUGCCGAUGAAGUAGUGCCUCACCCCCAGGUUGCUAGUCGGCUAUCCAAUGAAGCUAAUUCUGCGCCUCACCGAGAUCGCAAUGAGAGACGGUCAGGUAGUGAAGACAGUGAGGGAGCCAGCGCGGGCGUUGGCCUCGUUAUAGGCAACGAGUUGGCGAACCCUGAUCCUAAUGCGUUGGAUGAAAUGGAACGGAGAAAAGAGCGCAUCAUGCUCUUGUCUCUUCAGAGGCGACAACAACAGGAGGAAAUGAAAGCUAGGAAGGAAAUGGAAUCUCAACAAAAAAGAGAGGCAGAGAAAUUCAAAGAGGAAGAGAAAGCACGGAAGAAGGAAGAAGAACGGAUCAGACGGCAGGCCAUUCUUGAACAGCACAAGUUAAAGAAAGCACUUGAAGAAGCUGAGAGAGAGGGUAAAACUAUUGACAAGGAUUUGUUGAAUUCUGUCAAAACAAUACCGAAGAUGAGGAACAAAACUGUCACCCGGCCCAGGCCAAAGACUAUUCACGUAGACAGUGGUAAUGUUAAUCUUGCUGAGGGCUUACUUUCACCCAGUCGGGGGAAGAAAGGAUCCACUUCCAAUCUUGCAGAUUCCAGCUUAACACCUAGCAUGAGACGAGAUUAUUAUCGAGGUUCCACUGAUAGUUUGGCUGAACGUCAACGCUCUGAGGAAAGGCAAAGUCGCAUGAGGCCAGGCCGUAGCUACUCCCUUGUUAGAGAUUCUCCUGAUGAUGGAAGAGGAACAUCCCCGAACAGAACUAAUGCAUUAGGUCGCCGAGGAUCUUAUAAGACUUCCAGAGAUGUGCCAGAACCACAACCACGUGGAAGACCCAAAUAUUCAACCUAUCAGUCCAACAUGCGUGCACGCAAGUCAAACUCCCUCAUGAAUUUGAGCGGUUCGAGCACAGACCAGGACAGCAUGGUGUAUCGUUACACAGAUACAGACUCAGGCCUGGGCCGGGCCACACCACCUCGUCGAGCUCCUUCGCCUGGCAUGAGCUCGGGCCGACACCUCACUUCACCUUCAGGACCUGGAUCACUUCCCCCGGGCCUUACAUCAAAACGAAGAAUGUUUGAUGACGGUUCAAGUGACAUCAGCUCAGCCACGAGCUCAAUGCUGGAUUACAAUGGUCCUCGUUUAUACAAGCAGCCAGCAACCAAGUCAAAUCGUGGCAUUAUGCUGAAUGCUGUGGAGUAUUGUGUAUUCCCAGGAGCAGUGAAUAAAGAAGCCAAACGUAGGGUUCUUGAGGAAAUUGGCCGAUCAGAAGCAAAACAUUUCCUUAUUCUCUUCAGAGACGCUGGUUGUCAGUUUAGAGCCCUCUAUUCAUACUGCCCUGAAGUAGAAGAAGUGCUGAAAUUGUAUGGCACUGGUCCUAAGCAAGUAACCGAUCGCAUGUUCGACCGAUUUUUCAAGUAUAAUUCCGGAGGCAAGUGUUUCUCUCAAGUGCACACCAAGCACCUAACUGUGACAAUAGAUGCUUUCACAAUCCACAACAGCCUUUGGCAAGGCAAGAAAGUGAACUUGCCUAGCAAAAAGGAUAUGGCCCUCGUAAUUUAGGAUUAAAACCGUCUGACACGGUUGUGAGCGCUCUGCUGGCAAGGCCGCUCUCCGCCGUGCCAGCUAGCCAUGCUGCCUGCUGUGCACAAAUUAAGGGCUGUAUUGAGAUGCCAUAAACAUAAGCAAACAGUUGUCGACUAGCGCUUAAAGGCCUUAAUCAAACUACCUGUAACUUAAAUUAUUUUAAAGAAAGAAUUGGAAGCAUAAUAUUGGGGUUUCUGAACCACCAUCCCACAAAUGAUGUGGCUGUAAACAUUCCUAUUAAACAUGGACUGAAAGAUGUGGAGUAUACAUUUUGGGCUGCUAUGUUUGUUUGUUGAUACUCUCUUCUUUUUUUUUUUUUUUUUUACUGCCUUUCUUUUUACAUGCGUCUUUUGUAUACCUCUUGAGCCAAAUGCAGCUGCCACUCAAACUGAUCUGGUGCUUUUAAAUUGUUAACUAAUCGCUUCCAAUGUAUUUGAGCAGCUGUGCAGUCAUUUGCAAGUAUAUCCUCUUAUAAAUGUAAGCAGUUCCUUUAUUGAUCAGUUCCAUAAGCAAUGUACUUUGCUAAAAAUGUGCGUCUCAAUUUGUGGAAGACUCAAGUUUACAGUGAAGAGUCUCCAUACCUUGUUUGGUAAUAACUGUGAUCAUUUGGUUUUGGUAGUUAAUUCCAGAAUGUAUAUCCUAGGAUAGUCUACUUUUUGAAGAUGGUCUUCUUUUACUGAAGGCAUUCCUAUCCAGACAGUCUGUACCAAUCGAAUUCAGUUCUUCGUCAUAGCUGCAACAAUUUGUACCACGUGAUUUUGAUUUGAUUUUUAACUAUUGUAGUAUUGAAUUUUUGCAUUGAUUGAACAAAGCAUGUAUUUUUAACAAAUUUUACCGCUUUUGCUGUAAAGGUCUUUUACAAUUAUGUGAAAAAAAUGUGUCCCUGGGUUUUAUGGAAACAAACUUGUCCAUACAAUGCAAUAGCUCCAAUGUUACACAAACGAGUCAAUAAUGUAGUCAUAUUAUUGGAAGUAACCCUGUAAAGGUUUGUUUAGUGUGUUUAGUUAAUGCUCUUACUUGUGCUGACUACAAAUUCUGUAACUUUGAUAACUACAUUGCAUCAAGAUUCGUUCACACUUUCUCUCUUCUUUUACCAUAUUCUGUGCCAAUCUUAUGUUUGCACAUCUGUGUGGCUGUAGUCAGUCAUGAGAAAAAAACCAUUUUCUGCCCUUGAAUUGUUGGCUCUGGGUUUUUUUGCAGGAAGUUAAAAUUUCGGUGACUUUUAAUGGCCUUUGGAGCAGUAAGAUGUUGGUUAAUUAAAUGUCAUUGAUUAUUUUUACACAUUGUAUUGUAGUAUCUAAUGUAUUGAGUUUACUGCACAUCCCCAUAGUUAGGAUCCAAUUAAUAUUUACUCUUGCCAUCUAAUCUCAGUCAUGUGGAGCAGUUUGUGUUAUGUUAAGUUACUAAACGUUAAUUGUGCUUCACCAACCCUGUCAAAAUUUACUUUUGAGUCAAAAAAAUAAAAAAAAUAGUUGUAACCAUAGAUGCAUAGAAAUUAAAAUCCACUUCCGCUAUUUUAAUAGUGUCAAGUAACUUACACAUUUAAGGAAAUCAAACUGAAUGAGAGCAGCUGGUGUGAAACAUUGUGUGGAUGAAGUUGUAUUAACAGAACUUAUACUCAAUUAUUUUAUUAUUAUCCUUAUUACAAGAGACUAUGUGCAGAAUGGUUAUGUAAAUGGGAGAUUUUGUCUGACUGAUGUAAAUGAUAGCUAUCAUUGUUAAUGCUUAAAAUGUAUGCUUUCAAACUUUCUGUUCAAGACCUACUAAUUUGUAUAUGUAAAUAUGUUUUUGUUUUUUAUAUAUGCAAAUAUUUAUUGAUCAUUCUUACGAACUGGGUCAAUACUACUAGUGUCCUUUUACAAUGAAGAAAGAACUACCAUAACCCUUUUCAGCUGCUGAAGUACUGUACUUAUUUUCUAUGGAAAUACCUAAUAAAUUUCAGGCUGUUAAUAAUUUUUA